AUGGUAAAAUGGUUCCUGGGCACCGUUGGUCUGGAGGGCUUGCUUUCAACUGCUGGUGCUGGUGCCGUCCUUUCCGGCUGCGGCAACGGUGCCUUGGGCAUAGUGAACGAAGACAUAACGACUUCCGCUUUGGGAUAUCCAUCUGCCGCUGGUCUGGCGUACGGACCUGGAAUUGCUGCCGGUAUCGACUACGGCCCUUCCAUUGUUUGA